AUGGUUAAAGCCCAGACCACCGUGCUAGCUCAAUUUUUCUUGAGGCUAUUUAUUAGAAAGGGUUCGGUGCUGACCAAGUUGAAAUUAGUAUGCCCCGAGUGGAAUACACAAGAUUGGCAACAGACUUGCAAGUACGCCGCGUUGAUGAAUUCUACCGAUAUUUUGAAGUAUCUGGGAACUAUAAAAAAAUUAAAAGUUGGCGAUUUGGCCUAUAAUAUCAAACAAUCUAGACUGUUGGGCGAAUUGGCCAUCACUUGCAAUAAUCUAAAACGCCUUGAUGUCUCAUUCUACCGAACCACCACUCGAAAAAAGCAUAUCCCAGGCGACGACCUGGCUUCACUGAUCUUGUCUCAAAAUUCUCUAUCACACUUCCGGUACAGAGGUAUUUCCGAAAAGUUGGCGACUUAUUCUUUGACAACUCAAACUUCGUGCCUGAAGUACAUUGAAUUUGACAAGACAAAUUUCAAGGGUGAUAGCACUGUAUUCUACUGGAUUGCACAAUGUGAGGUGCUAGAAUGCCUCGUUUUUAAGUUAUGCAGAUAUAUUGAAAAGGACAUGCUCGUUCCAAUGUUUAAGAAUGAUGCUUUGAUAAAGCUGAAUGAAGUACAAUUGAGUAUAGGGAUGAGAAGUUCUUACGAAUGCGAGGGACUGGAGGAGUGGAUUAGGUGGAGGAAAUUCAACGAAUGGGAGCAUCAUAAUUUAUAUGAUAAUGGCUUGAAUUGGACAUAUACUGUUUAUAAGGCUUGUGCGAGACCGAUGUUUAGAAUUAAGCCCGUGAAUUUUUAA